GAAUAUUAUAUAAAGUAAAAGAGAUAUUUUCAAAUAAUUCCUGGAAAGUUGUAGUUUAUUAGAAGAAGGAUUAUGAUUAGGCUACGUAAAACACAAAAGACUACUAAUCUUCAAAACUCAACAACUAGCAUUUCAUCGAAAUCAUUAAUUUCUAUUGAACCUCCGAAAAAUGUUAUUAAGGCUCUUUAUGAUUAUGUUCCUCAGUCUUCAGUUGAGCUUGGAUUCUGUAAGGGUGAUUUUUUUUAUUUGAUAGGUAGCGAAAAUGAUGAAAAUUGGUAUGAAGCAUAUAAUCCUGCUACUAAUGCACAUGGCCUUGUUCCUGUUUCAUAUUUUCAGGUUUUAGGACGUAGCGAAAAAAAUAAUUUAGAUAAAAGUUCUGAAAAAUUAAACGAUGAAAAAAAUCAUUCUACUCAGGUCCCAGCAAAAAGCCGGUCUUUAUAUGGGAUUGUUCGAUAUGAUUUUCACGCAGAAAGACCCGAUGAGCUUGAAGCGCAGGCUGGCGAAGCUAUUAUAGUGAUUGCUCAAUCGAAUCAUGAAUGGUUUGUAGCUAAGCCAAUAGGUAGAUUGGGUGGCCCUGGACUUAUUCCUGUCUCUUUUAUAGAAAUUAGGGAUUUUUCUACUGGGAAAGUUGUUACUAAUGUUCAAGAACUUGUAAAUAGUAUGGCAAUUCCAAGAGUUGAAGAAUGGAAGAAAAUGACUGCUGAAUAUAAGAAUAAUAGUAUUUCUCUUGGUAAAUUUAAUUUCGAUGAGAAGCCUUCUAGUAAAAAUAAUACUAUUUCUGACUUUAAAAAUGAUGGAAGUAUUGGUUUUUCAACGAAAUCUUUAGAUAAUACUAAAUUAAUCUCUAAUCCAUAUCAUAAUAAUGAACAAGUUUGUGUCGUUUCUGCGCGGGUUAUUAAGCAUGUUUAUAUUAAUGAGGGAUAUCAGUAUCUUGUUCAUGCUGAAAUGGAAAAUUUAUGUUAUCGUAGUUUAUGUAGAUAUUAUGAAGAUUUUUAUAAUUUGCAGGUUAUGUUGCUUGAGGAGUUUCCAGUAGAAGCUGGUAGAACAGGCAAACGGCGUAUAUUGCCAUAUAUGCCAGUCCCUUUAUCUUAUGUUGAUGAUGAAAUUUCUCAAAGAAGAUGUAUUGAUUUAGAUGCAUAUUUAAGGGAUCUUUGUAAAUUGCCUUCUUAUAUUAAACAGAGUUCACUAGUAACAUAUUUUUUUUUUUUGAGAGAAGGUGAUAUUGAGUGCAAUACUCUUGAAGCAAUGAUUCAAACAUCUUAUACUGAAUCUUUUGGUAAAGCAUCUCAAAAUUCCAAGUUCAGUGACUUUUUUUUGGAUGGUAAUAAUAUAUCUUCGUCUUCAACCUGUUACAAGAAAUCAGUUUCGGAAAAUCAGCUAUCAUAUUCCACGUCUUCUUUACCGAUGUCUUUAAGGAGUCUUGGGUUUAAUUCUGAUACGAAAUCUGCUGAAUUAAAAUAUGAUUCUGAUUUUUCUAAAUUAACUCAAGCACUUCAAAGUUCAUCAAUUUCUAAAAAUGAAAAUAUACACACAUUUUCUUCUCAAGAAGUCUUAAAAGAAAGUAAGGCACAAGUAAAUUUAAAUUCUUCUCAGCAUAGUUUUCAAUAUGGUGGAAUUUGUUCUGAUUCUUUUUACAUUAAAAUAAAAAUAUUUUUUGCUGAUGAUCUUAUUGCGAUUCGUGUUCCACGACAAAUUACAUUUAAUCAGCUUAUGGAAAAGCUUCAAGAUCGUUUAGGUACUAUAAUAAAAUCUUUACGAUGUAAGGAAGAAAUAAAUAAUCAUUUAUUUUCAAUAAGAUGUGAUGAUGAUUUGCGAGAUGCAAUAAAUCAAAACUCAAAAUUGGUUUUAUAUGCUGAAUAG